AUGCCAAAAAUCGGGGCGUGGAAUGCGAGAAAAGUGCCAGCCCCCUACGUGGCCGCUUCUUCCUCGAUCACGAAUCCCUCGACAAAUCUGAUGGAAUCGUUUUCUCUCUCGUGUCCACAUGUCACUGACGCCGAAAAACAGGAGGUGGACAUCGAGGUCACGUGGACGCUGAACAACGCGAUAUGGCUCAAGAUUGGGAACGGGAAUCGGAUGGUGGACAACAAGUUGACGUCGUACAACAAGAAGACCAUCACCGGCAAAAACGUGUUGCGAAUCUCGGAAAACCUGGGGCGGUACAUGUUCGACUACGACGAGCUGACCGGCGAUUUCUCGAUGGAGAUCAUGCCUGUACUGCUUGAAGAAGACGCGGGGUUGUGGCAGUGCCACGUCACCGUCCACGACAGGGGGAAUACGCACACGCUGACGUCAAGGAGGAGGGUCAAGAAACCGCAUCCGCAUCGCCACCACGCCCCUGCCGCCUCCUCCAAAGAGCGUCUCCCGUCGGUGAUCAUCUACAAUGAGCAGCAACCACCACCCAGGACCCCGUCCCCCUCCAAAAUCAACGUCUUCAACCGGAAUCAGCCGGGGAUGGUGCAGAUUGAGAGAGACUCCGCGGACAGCACCCAAAUGGUCGUUUUCGAUCGGCGGGUGCCGCAGAAAAAGUACCGUAGCCAGCUGAGGGAUACGGUAAUCGAUUACGAGAUGAGUGUCCAGGAGGAGCCGAUACAUUACGGUAGG